UUUAAUCUGAAUGAUGCUGGUGCACCUGCUCAAACUGUUUCUGACUUGAAUUUUCCAAGAAUGGCCCCUGUAUCUCUUCAUUGGAAUGAUGGUACUCCUGAGAACGUGGUUGUACUUCCUUGUCUAAAGUCAAUGACUUGGGCUAUGGAAAAUAAGAACUCAGCACCAGGAAAUAGAGUAGCUGUCAUUAACCUGAAGGUUCUGCUGUAUAUCUAUCUGUUCACAACAUUCUUCUGUGUGAGCAUGAUUGCUGUAUGUGUUGGUGCGGAUGAUAGUUUACACUUGAUCUUUGAACUGUAGGUAAGUUCAGUUGUUGACAAGUUAUUAACUUAUGCUCCGUCCUUUUGCACAUUUGUUUAUAACAGUCCUCUUUGUGAGCGUAUUUGUGAUGGUUUGUUAGGGCAGAUGAUGGUUUACACUUGAUCUCUGAACUUCAGGUAAGUUCAAUUGUUGACAAGUUAUUAACUGAUGCUCUAUGGUUUGAACGUUUGCUCAUACCAAUGCUCUGUGUGAGCAUGAGGUUGUCUUUGUGCUUGUUUUUGUUGGUGCAAAUGAUGAUUUACACUUGAUCUCUGAACUUCAGGUAAGUUCUAGUGUUGACAAGUUAUUAACUGAUGCUCUAUCCGUUGCACAUCUGUAAAUAACAAUCCUAUGUAUGCGCAUUUGCACCAGCAUGUGUUGGUGCAAAGGAUGAUAUUUCUUGUGUGUGUGUUUUUUGUUUUUCGUUGUGGGGUGGGAGGUGUUGAUUGUGCAACUAAUUGAGUAUAUUACGAUUUGUGAUCAAUUAUUAUGUUUGAAUAAUAAUCAUUAUCUUCUUAAACUAUUUUUGAUUUAUUUUAAUUACAAUAGUUCAGGUACCGAAAAGCUUCAACUCGCCUUACACCUUUCGCUUUGAAAGCAUUGUUGCUAUCAGUCAUUUAUUAUCGUCAAAGGUGAACACUGGCUCAUCUCAUUCUUCAUGAUUCUUGGCACUAUGGCCUUCACAACCACCAUUUUUAUGGUUCUUGUUCUUGAUUAUUUCUAUAUGGGUUUGAAGCCUUCCAAAGUGAGGUUGAGUUUUAAUGGUGAAUCUUUCGGUUACUGUUUUUUUCGGUCUUGUGCAAGUUAUAGGCAGGUUCUCAGUUUUUAAAAUGCAUUUUUUCCUGGUUUGGAUGCUGUUAUCUUUACAUUUUGGGUUUCAUUAAUGAAUCCUCCCACAAUUUCUUUAUUGUUGACUUGGGUAUUGUCUGGUUCGUUCUCUCUCUUCUAACCCCGUC